ACAUUGUGUUAGUGUUUGUUGUUGACAGUCAAACGUGCAGCCGGGCAACGUGUGGUCGCUUUGAACGGAACCAUGAGGACCCGGCUCUUCCUCCGGUAGCUCUCCGGUCUGUCUGAUUCUUUUAAUCCGGGUUUGGAUCAGUCGAGUCGGGCUUUCUGGCGCCCUCCAGCGGCCUGCAGCGGCAGCGCAGCCCGGGCUCGGUAACCUCCUCCCCGCCGCUCCGUGUUUGUGUAUGUGGAAUGCGGGUCAAGCGGAACUCACGGCUCAAACUGCGGCUCGCUUCAAACUCAAACCCCGGCGUGCAUCGGCCCGGCGUGCUCUUGUCAUUACAGCGGAGCUCCGCAGACAGACGACAGCGAUGAAGAGAAACAGGCACCCCAGCAGCAGCGACGACUCCGACGAUGGAAGAAGGAAACCCAAAGAAAGAAAAAGAAAGAAGGGCAGCAGACGGACAAAGAUUAAGGAGAAGGAAAGGAAAGCCUGUGGUUUGAGGAGCAGGAGACAGAGUAGGGACAGGAGGAGGCGUGCAUGGACCUUUAAAGACGUCCUGGCAGGUAACUCCACCUGCUGGUCCCAACACUCGUCACAGCACAGGAGGGGGACCGGGCAGAAACCCUCGGAGGUUUUCAGGACGGACCUGAUCACUGCCAUGAAAGUGCACGACUCGUACCAGCUGAACCCCGAGGACUACUACGUCCUCGCCGACCCGUGGAGGCAGGAGUGGGAGAAGGGAGUCCAGGUCCCCGUCAGCCCCCAGUCCAUCCCACAGCCUGUCGCCAGGGUGCUGGCGGAGAAAGGAAAGGAGGUCAUGUUCGUCAGGCCAAAGAAGCUGAUCCGGACGUCGGGCACCGAGGCGCUGGGCUACGUGGACAUCCGGACGCUGGCGGAGGGGAUGUGCCGCUACGACCUGAACGAGGAAGACGUGGCCUGGCUGCAGAUCACUAACGAGGAGUUUGCAGAGAUGGCCAUGCCGCCGUUGGACGAGAUCACCAUGGAGCGGGUGAUGGAGGAGUUCGAGCACUGCUGCUACGAGAACAUGACGCACGCCAUGGAGACGGAGGAGGGGCUCGGCAUCGAGUACGACGAGGACGUCGUGUGCGACGUCUGCCAGUCGCCCGACGGGGAGGACAACAACGAGAUGGUGUUCUGCGACAAGUGCAACAUCUGCGUCCACCAGGCGUGUUACGGCAUCCAGAAAGUCCCAAAGGGCAGCUGGCUGUGCCGGAUCUGCGCCCUCGGCAUCCUGCCAAAGUGCCAGUUGUGUCCCAAGAAGGGCGGCGCCAUGAAGCCGACACGAAGUGGAACCAAGUGGGUCCACGUCAGCUGUGCCUUGUGGAUUCCAGAGGUGAGCAUCGGGAAUCCGGAGAAGAUGGAGCCGAUCACCAACGUGUCCCAAAUCCCCAGCAACAGAUGGGCUCUGAUCUGCUGCAUGUGCAAAGAGAAGACCGGAGCGUGCAUACAGUGCUCAGCAAAAAACUGCCGGACUGCCUUCCACGUGACGUGCGGCCUCCACGCCAGCCUUGAAAUGAACACCAUCCUCACCGAGGACGACGAGGUCAAGUUCAAGUCCUACUGCCCCAAACACUCCGGGCUCGAGGGCACCGAGUCCAGGGACCGAGACUCAGGAGGCGAGGAGGAGAAGGAGAAGGAGAGCGCCAGAGACAAGAAGGGGAAGAGGAGAGGCCGGGUCAGACUGGAGGAGGACGCUGCCUCCUCCUCCUCCUCGUCCUACGUGGCUCCUCAGCUCAUCAACAGAGCGCCGGGCGACUUGGAGGGGCUCAGCAGCCGCCAGCAGGAGAAGAGAGUCAACCUCCGCAAGCUGAAGCUGGAGGCGAUGGAGGAGGACUUCUACCAGUUCGUGGAGGUGGAGGAGGUGGCCAGUCACCUGAAGCUGCCGCCGGAGGUGGUGGACUUCCUCUACCAGUACUGGAAGCUAAAACGCAAAGCCAACUUCAACCAGCCGCUCCUCACGCCCAAGAAGGACGAGGAGGAGAGCCUGGCACGCCGCGAGCAGGAGGUGCUGCUGCGACGCCUGCAGCUCUUCACGCACCUCCGUCAGGACCUGGAGAGGGUUCGUAACCUCACCUACAUGGUGACUCGGAGGGAGAAGAUGAAGCGCUCGCUGUGGAGAGUCCAGGAGCAGAUCUUCCAGCACCAGGUCCGACUGAUCGACCACGAGCUGCUCACAGGCGACCCCUCGACUAAAGACUUGGAGAAGCUCUUCUCUCUGGGCUGGUUAUCCUCUCAGGACUCCCAGUCUCGCUCCUCCUGGAGCCACUCUGGACUGAAAACCAAACGCGGCUCUUUAAAGCAGGACAAAAGGAGAAGCGGAGACAGGAAAGGCCUCUCCGACUCCCUGCACACUCACAGGAAGGACAAUCCAAGCAGACCACUGGAGACAAAAGACAGUAAAGGCUCCCGAACGAGAGAGUCGGCAGCUGCCGAGGCCGCGAGCGACGCCAAACUCCAAACCUCGGAGAUCAGCCAGGAGAAGCUUCACAGGCCAGAAGUUGUUCAGGAAACGACCGCGGCCAAGCUGCACAAACCCGAGAGCAAGAAAAGCUCGAGGAGGGAGGAACACGAGGCGCCGGGGAGGCGGAAACGAGACAGCGACCACGAGCAAGAGGAGAGGAGGAGGAAGAGGAGGAGCGACGUGAUGGAAAGCUUCCCCAGCCAGGUGAAGAACAGGUACGGGUCAAAACAUCUGGAGAAGACGGUCUCCAUCAGGCUGGUCGACAUCAGGAACUCGGACACCGACGACUACUUCACGGACGAAGGGAUGACCAGAAGAAGCCCCGUCUCUCUGGACGCUAAACUCAACAGAGCCGCCGCCGUCGUCUCGGACACCGCCGCCGCCACCAAAGCCAACGGCUGGCUGAGGAGAACCCACGCCAACGGCUCGCACACGCCCAGCAGACCUGUGCCCGGACACCUGAAGGGCUGGGGCAGGUUCAGGAUCCCCAAGAAGAGCGAGAGGCCGAUGAUGGAAGAGGAAGAGGAGGAGGAGGAGGAGGUGGUGGAGCACCGCAAACCACUGCUGAGGCCGCUGACCAACACGCCCGAGCCGUCGUACCCGAGGACCAGACACCGCGCGGGGACGGAGAACGACGGCUACGCCUCCGACUCCAAACCAGGCGACAGCGAGAUGGAGCCCUGCUUGAAGCGAUGCCACUCCCACCAGCUGAGGGGCGACUCGUCUCUCGGGCGGCGCUACGGGUCCGACAUCAUCCGCCAAGGCGUGCUGGCGUCCUGAUGGCGGAGGAACACUUGUUUAAAAGAAUAAGCUGCACUGUGUUAAGUUGGAGAAGAACGACGGUCGCUCUUUGUACCUUUAUUUUUCUGGAUGAACCGUAAAGAUUAAAAAAAAGAACAGAGCUGAUAUUUAUUUUUUAUUUGUAAAAUAUGUAAAUCUGGUAAAUAUUUUACUUUGUACUUUAUUUUGAGCUAGUUUUUAUUUUUCUUUAAGAGUAGAAAGAUGUCAAGUUGCCACUUAAACGCUCGCUCAGAUAUUUACAAGCAAAAGCAUCAACUAGGCGUGAUCGCUGCUUGGGACCACAGCUUGCAAUGUAAUGAUUUUUUCAUAGUAUUAAACUCUGUUGCACUUAGUCGAGAACGCUGACAGAUAAUCUUCAUCCUGUCGGCGACGUAGUUUAUUAUUCUUUUUCUAAAUCAAGCUUCAUCCGACGUUUAACGGCUACAGACAGGAAGUCGAACUGCCCUUUUCCCGCUUCUUUAAACUCGCCUGUCAUCGUCACGAACAGGAAAACGUCGUCAGGACUGAAAGUGUAAUUGAACUGCGAUCGUAUCGUAUCCAUCAUGUGCCUAACUUUGAUUUGAAGCGUUUGCACUACAAGAGGACGGCACAGGUGUUGAGGUAUGAGUAGAGUUAUUUUUACACUGAAAUAUAAAAAAAAAAAAGCGUUUUGUACCCUCGGCCGCUGCUGCUGUACUACUGUUAUGCAAAAUGAAACUUGUUUUUUUGUCUUUGUCUCAAAGAGGAAUAAAAAAAAACCUGCAGGACUGAA